AUGGCCGACACUGAAACAGCAGGCUUUGACUUUAAGCUUUAUCGCUAUGAUCCUUCUCUUCCAGCGGCAGUUGUCAGCACUGUUGUCUUCGCAGUCCUCUCGGUGCUACAUACUUGGCGAUUAAUUCGAGUUCGCGCUUAUUACUUUACACCUUUCGUCGUUGGCGGUUUUUUCGAAACUAUUGGAUAUGCUGGAAGAAUAUGGGGUCACUUUGACAAGCUCUCCGUCGGUGGUUUCGUGCUACAAGCCAUUCCCAUCCUCGUCGCACCCGCCCUCUUCGCCGCCUCGAUCUACAUGAUUCUCGGUCGCCUGAUCCGAACUGUCGGAGCCGCCCACCUAUCUCUUGUACCCGUCAAGUGGGUGACACGCAUCUUCGUUACCGGCGACGUUAUCGCAUUCAGUUUACAGGCUGGUGGCGGAGGUAUUCAGUCAGCUGGUACCCUGGAUCUCUACAACCUGGGCGAGAAGAUUAUUAUCGCCGGUCUGUUUGUCCAAAUCGUCGUCUUUGGCUUCUUCGUCGUCACCUCGAUCCUCUUCCAUGCUCGACUACUCAAGUCCCCAACACCCGAGUCACUGCGAGGCGAUGUACCCUGGGCGCGAUACCUUUACGUUCUUUAUGCCACGAGUUUCCUUAUUCUUGUCCGAAGUAUCUUCAGAGUGGUGGAGUACCUCCAAGGAAACAAGGGAUACCUUAUCUCUCAUGAGUUUUAUUUAUAUAUCUUUGAUGCUGUUUUGAUGGCCCUGGUUAUGCUUAUUUUUAUGAUUUGGUAUGUCAAGCAUUUGCAGAAGGAGCACAAACCGGCAGAUGUCGAGGACAGGGAGUUGUCCUCGUACGAGAGCCCCGAGGAGUACCGACACAGGAAGUGA